GUGCAGGGUGACGUGCGCGGAGCUGGAGGCCAGGCAGCAGCAGAAGAUCGUUAUUAAUGUCAGGACUUCCUCCUGUCUGUUAGUCACUACCCUACUGCUCCUACUCCCCGAGGCUCCCAACGGUUUUACACGGAUAUCCCAUCCUGUCGAAAUGAAACGGAACUUGUACGGUACAAAACAGAACUGUUGAUUCUGGUGGACCCGUACCCUUCUUACCAGAGACUACGAUGUGAAUAAAUAGGCAUUUGCAGGAUUUAUUGGUGGAUUUUUGUGGUUACUGAGAGGCGGGACGUGGUCGGACCAUACUGGGGCGGAGGAGCGGUUGGUCAACUAUGCUGUGGCCAGGUUUAGCGCACUGGGUAGCGGCUGUGUUUCUCUGUAGGGUCGCCUCGGCGCAGUACACCAGCGAUCAGUGCAGCUGGAGAGGAAGUGGUCUGACCCAUGAGUCACACUCCCGUGAUGUGGAGCAGGUAUACCUGCGUUGCUCCCAGGGCAGUCUAGAGUGGCUCUAUCCUACUGGGGCCCUCAUCGUCAACCUGCGGCCCAACACGGAGCCCACGUCUGGGGCUUCCCCCGGCCUACACGCCUGCAUCAAGCCCCAGACAGACUCCCGCGGAUCACACCUCUACCUGGAGAGAGCUGGACAGCUCCGCCUGAUGAUGUCUGAGACAGAACAGGCGCGUGGCAGGGUGCAGUGUUUCUCCCUGACAGAGGGGGCGCUGUUCAUAGAGGCAGUGGGCCAGCAGGGCCAGCAGGACAUCAGCAGGAGGAUCACAGUGUUUCAGUAUGAACUGGUGGCCAGCCACGGACCUGGAGCUCAUCUGUACCCACACCUCAACACUGGCACUGCCUCCUGUACACCCUGCACAGAUGACCAGAUCCUGAUGGCGGUAUGCACCAGCGACUUUGCGGGUCGCGGCAGUAUCCGUGGCGUUGACACGCCCUCGUCAUCAGACCACUCCUCCGUUGCCGUGACGCUAAGCCGCCUGUUCCAUCAGAAGAGCGGAGUGUUCUCUUGGGACGGAGCCAGAGGAAAGGGGUGGUCCGGACGUCUGAACACGCCCCUGCGGUGCCGGCUGCAGCCGAGGGAGGAGGAGGAGUUCCUGUUCACGGGGGCAGUGCGGUUCGGAGAGGCGUGGCUUGGCUGCUCCCCGCACUACCGCCACUUUCUGAAGCUCUACCGGACCGCCCUGGAGACAGGAAGUAACCCCUGUCACAUGGACAUGGUCACAGACUGAGGCCUGCCCCCUCCGCCCCGGAGACAACCAAUCAGGGAACAGGAUUGGGAAACAAACUCAGCGAAUCAGGGACAUAGAGAGAGAGGGUUGGGUCGCUGACUGGACUGACAGGGCCCUGAUCCAAUCAGAGGAGGGAGGUCGUAAAGGGGCGGAAUCUUUGAUAUGACUGAGAGGUGAUUGGAUGUGGUCCCAAGCCCUGCUAACCGAUUGGCUGAAUCUCUUACAGUUGCCUAGCAGCAAGGAUAGUUGGCCUGUCUCUGAACAGUUCUAAAGCCAUCUGUCGUCAUAGAAUGUCUUAAGACCCUGGUGUGUGUGUGUGUGUGUGUGUGUGUGUGUGUGUGUGUGUGUGUGUGUGUGUGUGUGUGUGUGUGUGUGUGUGUGUGUGUGUGUGUGUGUGUGUGUGUGCGUGCGCGCAUGUGUUGGAAAUAGAUGUAAAUAUGAUCAUUGUUGUAAUGAAAGUUUGCUUUGUGAAAAGCUUUAUGUACAGUUUAGAGGUUGUCUUCUGACAGAAGUGUAUAGUGGGAUCCUGCACAGCGUGUGUGUCUUAGCGUGUUUGUGCGUGUCUAAGCGUGUUCAUGUGUGUCCGUGUGUGUCUUAGCGUGUUUGUGCGUGUCUAAGCGUGUUCAUGUGUGUUCGUGUGUGUCUUAGCGUGUUUGUGUGUGUUCUAGCGUGUUUGUGUGUGUGUCUUAGCGUGUUUGUGUGUGUGUCUUAGCGGGUUUGUGUGUGUGCCUUAGCGUGUUUGUGUGUGUGUCUUAGCGUGUUUGUGUGUGUGUCUUAGCGUGUGUCUUAGCGUGUUUGUGUGUGUGCCUUAGCGUGUUUGUGUGUGUGUCUUAGCGUGUUUGUGUGUGUGUCUUAGCGUGUCUUAGUGUGUCUUAGCUUGUCCGUGUGUUUCUUAGCGUGCUCGUACGUGUGUUCGUCUUAGCGUGUUCGUGUGUGUCUGUCUUAGCGUGUCCGAACGUGUGUGUACUAGCCUGUGAAUGUGUGUGAGCGUGUCUGUGUACGCUAGAGUGUGUGGUUCUGCAAUAGCGUAUGUGAACUAGUGUGUGUGACCGUGUUAAAGUACAAUAGCUCUCUGUUCUAGGGAAUAAACUAUCUUCCUGGAA